AUGGGAACGCCGAACCCUGAUCCAUCAGCUAGUCAUAAAAAGGUUCGCAAGGGGACGCGGUCUUGCUGGGAAUGCAAACGGCGGAAGAUCAGAUGCAUCUUUGCAUCUCUGGGAGAUGCUGCAUGUGUCUUUUGCCAGCGUCGAAGGGUACCCUGUAUCGGCCAGGAGAUACCAGAGUCUUUGGCCCUGACCAGAAAGGGUAAUCGCGGUCUUAGUGAUCGUAUCGCAAAGAUUGAAGAUGUGUUGAAGGAUUUAGUUGCUAGCAAAGAUACUAGAGGCGCGAGCCGGAUUGGUGAAGAGUCGCAGCAACAGUGUUCACAGUCUGAUACCUCAGGCCUGAGGUCUUUGUUGGCUCGAGCUCCUUCGACGCCUGCAAAGGCAAGUGGACAGACCAUAGCUAUACAUAAAGAGCACUCUCUAAUCCCCCCCAUAUCGCCAGCUGUGCCAAAUCGAGCUGAGGCUGAUACCACAGCCCACUCCUUAUGGGCAGCCUUUCCAUCCGACGACGACAUCAGGAUCUUGCUUCCAGAAAGCUUGAGAACAUCACGUUACACCUUCUUGGUCAACAUUCACCGGCAUAGCAAAUUGACACACGAGACGCUCGCAGCGCCGUACCCUUUACCGAAACGUCCUGAUCCCAACACUCAUCCCGUCAUUCUCGCCAGGCAUAUGCUCAUGUUUGCCAUCACUCUUCAAGCCCCACGGGAAGGAUUUCUGGAUCUUUCGGAGUCACCAAGCGUACUCGGCUGCCGCUUAGUCACAGCUGCUGUGACAUGGUUAAUGGCACAGGAGGAGACACACAACUCCAUCGACAGCCUGAUUUGCAUCAUGCUCGAAGCCGUAUUUGAAACGAACUGUGGCAAUCUACGUAAGGCAUGGGUUGUCUAUCGCCGAGCAAUGACGAUUGCACAAACAAUGGGUCUGCACCGCUCGCAGAUACCUCCAUUCAAACGUAUUGACCCUACGUUCGAUGCUGAUCCAAAGUUUAUGUGGUUCCGCAUUGUCUAUAUGGACCGUUAUCUCAGCUUACUCCUCGGCCUACCACAGGGAACGACUGAUAGAUGCAUGGGAGACUUAGCUAAUUUACAGCAUGAGCCACCACUAGGUCAAUUUGAGCGACAACUCACCGUCAUAGCAUCGUCCAUACUAGAACGUAAUGACCGAUGCUUCACACCGAGCGAGGUCGUUACAACGCAGUCCAUUGAUGCCGAGCUAUUGAGAGUUGCUACAAAUAUGCCCGCAAGCUUUUGGGGUCCAGCGAAUUUCCAAAACGUGACGGUAGGAUCUCCUGAAAACCUGUUGGAGACAGUACGGUUGUCAGCCCAUGUCUACUACUACGGUCUCCUGAUUCAGCUUCAUCUACCGCACAUGAUGCACAGAAUCAGUGAUGAUACCGGCCAUGAAUACUCCAAGAUUGCAUGUGUCAACGCGAGUCGCGAGAUCUUAACACGCUUCAUUGCGCAUCGAAGCUUUCAGCCAAAGUCCUCCUGCUCACGACCAGUAGACUUUUUUGCCCUGCUAGCUGCAAUGACACUUUCGCUUGCCCACCUCGAUGCUCAUAGUCAUACGACUAACUUCCUGGCCCAUCAGCGUCUUAGCGAUCGUGCUAUCCUGGAUCAAGCCUUGGAGAGAAUGGACAUGAUGAGAGACAAUAACGGGGACGUCGUGAUGGAAGACAGUGGAAAAUUGGUUCGACAAUUGCUCGAAAUUGAGAUGAAUGCAGCCAAUGGGAACUGUUACUCUGCUAGCAGUAUCGAAGGAGAAGAUGUUGCGCACGACUCUACAGUGAAGGUAUAUGGAGGGGAGCUGCGUCUACUGAUCCCGUACCUCGGCACUAUCAAAAUCACUCGUCAGGGAUCUAUCUCUCGAGACCCUUUUGAAAGCAGUACUGCAUCUUAUCCGACCAGUUUCCCGUUUGAGUCAACAGGAACUACACUCAAUGACACAACCGAGUCCGUACAACCUGCGGAUGUCCAGCAACCACUGACCCAUUCUCUUGGCUGGACUCAACCCUCGUCAUGUCUGGGAGGAUUCCUAGCACCAUCAACCAGAGACGAACAACAUCGCCAAUUAGGUUUAGAGAAAGAUGAUAUUAACCUGCAACCGCAAAUGGACAUUUCCGCCAUCCCGGCCGGCGAGUAUGAUUGGGCUUUCCAGGGUGCCGAUAUGGCUUUUUUCGAUACUCUGAUGAGAGGCUAUUCUAGUAUUGACAAUUGA